AUGAUAAUGGAGGAAAUACUAUUCGAUCCAUCGAAGAGAUUCUCAUCCGAAUCCCUACCUGCGUUUAUAGAACAUUUAGAUAGACAAAUGGCGGAUGAUAACCUAUAUAGCUUGGAUAACAACAUAGCCAUACUCAAACUAUUCUUACUCUAUCCCAAGUGUAAUGACGUGUCUGUUUGCGAAAAAAUUUUGAUCAAGGCCCUAACCAGGAUUCCCCAACCCGACUUUGAUGUGUGUUUAUUUCAAUUACCUCUCUCAGUCAAACGAGAUCCUUCGAUAUCUAGUAUUGUCAAUUUGUACAAUUUGUUGCAAGAUUGCAAGUUUAAUGAUUUCUGGGCGGCACUGAAGAAGACAAAUUUUGCAAUGAACAAGGGCGUUAUAACAGGAGCCAGGAAUUUUGCCUUGGAGGUCAUAUCGCUAGCAUAUCACAAAAUAUCAAUCGCAGAUUUUAUCAUACUACUCGAUUUGGAAAAUGAAAAAGUUGCAGAAAAGCUAGCUAUUGAACAGAAUUGGCAAGUUGCAAACAAAUUCAUCCAAAUCAAUUCAAAUCUUGAUACCAAAGGUAGCAAGUCUAGCCAAAUUGAUAAGCAUAUGAGACCAGAAUCUAUAAAGCACUGUUUGACACUGUUGGAUAGCAUAGGCAAGAUACCUGGGAUCAGGAAAUAA